AUGUGCAGUUACUCGCCAGAAACCAAAACUACUGACUGCUACAAAUGCACCUAUGAGACCGAAGACAAGCUCGAUAUGAAGGCUCACCUGAAGUCACACUUGCCCAAAAGACGAUACAUCAACGGAAUACAAGAUGAUCGUGGCACAUUUUACAAGUGCCCGCAGGACAAUUGCUUGUUUAUCAGUCUGAACACCCACGGCAAAAAAAUCAACUGUUUCACGUGCGGCGAGGUUUUCGACAGUAUCCAGGCAUAUCGUCGACAUACCCGGCUGAAACACAAAGAAAGAGACAGUUACAAGUGCAAUGCCUGUCCAUUCCUCUCUGAGGAAUGGUCAAAGUACGAAAGGCAUGUUGCGAAGCAUAAAGACAAAGUACUCCAGUGCCGUUUCUGUCCUCACAAAACCAGAUAUAAGCGGGAUUUGGUCAAGCAUCAGCACGCCCACAAACAGAACCAAGUUUACAACUGUCACGACUGCUCGUACUCAACGAAAGUCAAACAACGCCUUAAGAAGCACAUGUUGGUGCACAUGAGCGAUUCUCGAUCGAUAUGGUACAAGUGCGGAAAAGAAUCAUCAGUUGUUCGCCUAGAGGGUGCAUUGAAGUUACUCUCGAAAAUGUGCAGUUACUCGCCUGAAACCAAAACCACUCACUGCUACAAAUGCACCUAUGAGACCAAAGACAAGCUCGAUUUGAAGGCUCACCUGAAGUCACACUUGCCGAAACUGCGAUACCACGGAAUACGAGGCGAUCGUGGCAAUUUUUACAAGUGCCCACAGGAAAAUUGCUUGUUCAUCAGUCGAAACCACACAAAUAUCAUAGUCGCACACUCGAAGACCCACGGCAAAAAAAUCCACUGUUUCAUAUGCGGCGAGAUUUGCGAAAGUUACGAAGCCUAUCGUCGACAUAUUCGACAGGAACAUAAAGUAGGAGAUAGUUACAAGUGCUAUGCUUGCCCAUUCCUCUCUAAGCGUCGGGAUCAGUACAAAAGGCAUGUUGUGAAGCACAAUGGUCAACUAUUACAGUGCCAUUCCUGUUCUUACGAAACUAGAUACAAGAAAAACAUGUGCAAGCAUCAAUACCUCCACAGUUCAAACGAAGUUUACUACUGUCACAAUUGCUCGUACUCGACGAAAGUCAAGGCGGCUCUUCGGAUACAUGUCCUAGUGCACAUGAGCCUGUCCCGAUCGGUGUUGUUCAAGUGCGAGAAGUGUGAAUUUUCCACCAAAUAUCACACGUGCUUGCAGAAACAUCGCAAGCGAAUACACUCCCAGAAUCCCCAGUACACGUGCGAUUUUUGUCAGGAUAAAUUCAAGUAUGAACGACUUCGAAGACUGCACAUCCUUCAGUUCCACGGACCGAACGACGAAGUGCGAAAGAAGUAUAUAAAGCAAUGUCCUAAUUGUGAUUAUGAGACGUACAAUGUGGGAUAUUUGAAGAAGCACAUAGAAAUAGUGCACGGAACUGCAGACGGAAAUGCAUUUAUUCAGUGCAAAAAAUGCGAUUUUGAAAGCGUUUAUGAUUCCAGUGUAAGAAACCAUUUCAAACGAAAACACGCGAAGAGAAAGAAGUGAUCACCGAUAGUCCAUCAUUUUAUAAAAAUCUCCAUUCAUUGAUUAUUUCAAACUGGAAACGAAUGAUUUUGGUGUACUAAAUUUAUGAAUUUAUUCAACCUUGUACCAAUGAUUCAAUAUUCUAUACACAAAAUAUUAAAUCCUGCACCAAUAAUUUUUUAUC